AUGCCGCAAAAGAAAGGAAAGAGAAAUCUGUCCUUAUUAUACUACUUUGUGUCAGAAUGCAAACAAGCACUGCUGAGAGCAAUCAUAACCGUGAGGAUUCUGGCUCCCCACCUACAAACCAUAAAGAUGACAGAGAUAGCGGCACAUCCUCUGCUUUUUCAACAAUUACCUUCGGAGAUUCUGCCACACCCACUACAAGAGAAGUCUGCUAAAUUUUUCUUCCACAAUUAUAGUACAGUGAAAGUGAAAAGACAAAACGUAUGGCUAAGUGUCAGAGGCAAUUUGGAAAUGAGUUACUGUCCAACUCUACAACUGCUUCAAAGAGAGACCUGGGGCCCGUUUCUCGAAAGUCCCCCUAGGAUUACGCCGAAAGCCAAAUGACUCUGAAGUUUUAGUGAUUUUGGUUAGGAGACUGAGUGAAUCAAGUUUCAGUUCACAGGGGCACCCAACGGCAAUUUUCGGGAAAAUAUCUGUUCGGAAGACGAUUUGAGAUCUAGAAUUUUCGGAGCAUUUGUUGUAAAAUUUCUUGCUUGCCUGCCUCUCCUAGGAUUUNAAGUUUUAGUGAUUUGGGUUAGGAGACUGAGUGAAUCAAGUUUCAGUUCAGUUUGCACCAGUUUCCUGACCCUUAUCACUUAACUUCAGAGUCAUUCGGCUUGGGCCUCCGUUCCGGAUUCCGGGUUUUAGUUCUUUAGGCAAACCCUACGGGGGCUCGGUAAGUCCCCCCGUAUUUGGCCCUGAAUACUCCUUAAGGUCCACAAUGUUAGGCUCCGGCGACAUUAAGCCACGUGAGUCGUCGAUUAUCACGUGGCAAAUAUCUUCAGACAUGGGCUUCGUUCGUAAAACAAACAAACAAAAAAAACAUCAACAUCCGCAGCAACAGCAAGAAAAGGGCAAUUCCAAUGAUACCGGAAUGACUUGCAUUCUGAAAAGAGUUCAUUCCAUCUCUACUAAGUCAUCCCUGUAUCAUAAAAACAGCCCCCCCCCUCCCCCCCCCAAAAAAAAACGGCCCUCCCACAAAAACAAACAAACAAAUAAAACUUAAGUUGUUGUUUACUUUAAUGUAAUUUUUACUCUGACUUAGAAUUUUCUUUCUAUGGACUAAUACACACUACUGAUUUUCUUUGAAGUGCCUCUCAAAAUGUUCUACGCACACAAGAAAGGUAGUUGCGUCUGUUAUCCUCCAAAGGGGACUUGUCUCGGAGCUCUAUUCCUCAACACGACAAUGAUAUGGAAUACGUUUCCUAAGUGCUUACUAUAUUACAACUGCAGUUAGUUCGAGUCAAUUUAAAGUAAGUUCUAUCAAUGACUUGAAGCUUGUCAUGCAGUGAGAGUAGAAUUUAUUUAUUUAUAUGUACUUUUUUUAUUAUUUUUACACAUGCCGAACUAUAUUGAUCAACAGAUUUCAACUCCAGAAGAAACUUGAAAGUAAGGACUGCCUUUAAAAAUAUGUAUGACAAUAUUGUAAGUUACCGCCUUGUAUAAGUGGCGCCCUAUCCUAAAACCCCCAAAUUUUUCUACUCGAUUAGCUUUGUAGCCUGCGAACGCAGACAUAUUCCUGGUCGUCGCCUCUCUCCACCAGAAAAACUCGGGAAUCUCACGUAAAUGACCACCUUUUAUAAGGGACCAACCGAUCUAUUAACCUUUUGUCUCAUUGAACUACAUAUAUUGUAACUUGCAAUUGCACUCAAUGAACUCAUUUCCAAGUAGGUGUUUCGGGACCUCUACUUAGAAAAGCGACCACCACAAAGUCUUCGCGCUUUGGUUGGUCGCUUAUGCACUGGGUUCAACUGUAGUUGAAUAAUACUAAUGUACCUUCAUCUACAAUCUUAUCUAUCGGGCGCACCCAACGACUGUGUUCUGUAAAUUAUCUGGAGAAGCAAAUAUUGCCUAGAAUUUUCUGUUACCUGCAGACGGCUAAAAAAUUCUAGUUGACCCUUCCUUUCAUGUCCAAUCUUUGAUGCUAAUGUCAUAAAUUCUUUACGAUUUUCUGACCUUUCAUUUUUUACACUUCAUUCACCAGUUUUGGCUAUUUUUCAUAGAAAAAGGAAACCUGAAAUUUUCGGAUUCAAAAAUGUGAUGGAGAGAGAAAUUAGAAAAAUUCUCACUUUCGCAAUAUGUCAAAAAUUGCAACUGAAAUUUUCGGGAAAAUAAUACUGAAGCCCUUGUAAUUUCGAAAAAGACUCAAGUUCCCCUUAGGGUGCCGGGCCGAGCAGAUACAAAUUUUAUAGCGCCGUUUUUAUCACAUUUCUAGAGAUCUAAAAGUAUACUUUGGACAACCUAAAAUGUGUUUUCAGUGUAUUUAGAAGGAAACCUUCGUUGGUUGCCCCUGAUUUGUCUAGGUCAGCUUAGCCCCCAUGUGAGGUAAUCCAGCCCCCCAGGAUUCUGGAUUCCACACUGUGGUCGCUGUGGCUUCCGGAUUCCAGGCAAUGGAGGUCCGGAUUCCUUGUCAGUGGAAUUUGGAUUCCGGAUUCCAAUCGUUUUCAGGAUCCCUGAUAAUUCCAGCUGGAUUACAGAUUCCAAAGCCCAGGACGCUGGAUCCCACAAGCAGAAAUCAGAAAAAAAAAAUUCAUUCUCGAUUCCACAAGCAAAGAUUCCUGAUUCCGGAAUCAGGAGUACCUGA